AUGUAUAACUACGUCAUGAAAAAUGGUAUUUGCUUGAUUUGGUUUUGGAUUGGAUUGAUUUUGAGUGUUGAGGGUGGCCGGGUUGGUCAGGGGGUGGAAGAGGUGCAUGGGUUGUGUAGUUCUGCUAGAAUAGUUUGUAAUGAUACUGAAAUGGAACCUAUUGUGGACUUGGAUAGAAGUUAUAGUAUUGGAUCGGAGGCUUCGGUUACUACUAAUCAUUCGGUGACUAGUUCAACGGCUACUAGCCAUGCUGAUAACUCUGCUUCUUGUAAUCUUACGGCUGCUAUUCCUGCUACUGAUAACUCUACUUCUUCUAAUAAUGCCAUACAUACUACUGAUAACUCUACUACUUCAUACUUUCCUCAAUCUAGUUCUUCUUCGGCUAUUCGGUCUAGUAGUUCGUCGGGUGGACCUUCGGCUCUUACUUAUACUAACCCGUUGUUAAAGACACGUAGUUCGGCUGAUUGGGAUGAGAUUGUGACAUCUAAAAAUGAUAGACCUCAGAUGUUUCCUUUGAUUGAAUCUAUGUGGAAUAUUCCUUCGGAUUCGCCUAAUUUGAGUCCUUGGUUUAGAAAGUCACUGCAACACUGUCGGCAAAAAGCUAGUUAUCGUUUAGAUGCCUACCAAGAAAAGCUUAUGAAAAGCUCUAAUCGGGUACUAGUAACACUUAUCUCUCCUAAUAAUGGCUUGCGACCUAUAUUUAAACUGAACUUGGCGAGUUGUCGAGGGAUGCCGCCUAUUAGGGUUAGAAGGUCUACCUGGCCGGCUGAUGAGAGUAGGUCGCUCUUUUUGUACUUGCGGUUGUUGGAAUACGGCAAUAACCCAUAUGAUUACGCUGAUCGGUUAAUCUUGGCUAAUGUUGAUCUUGAGAAAUGGAUUAAAUUGGCGUUAAAUGAACGGCCGGCUGUACAUAUACUGGAUUGUUCACCUAGUUUGAUUGCUGAUAUUCGCUUCUGUAUUAAAGUUCGGCAACAAGAAGAACAGCUGGAUAUGUCUAAACCCGACUGCUCAGAAGAGGUAAAUGAGAUUGGCUCAAUUAAGUACGAAAUGGCUUGUAAUCUGGAUAGUUUAUUGGGACUCAGAAAGGAUAUGUUUAACUCUAACCUUUGGUUGUUAAUUGAUGCCUAUCGGCCGGAUCAAACCAACGUGGUGAGUUAUCAAGAUGGCUUGCCAGUUAAAAUCCCGUAUUAUAUUGAGAUGUACUCAACUGAAUUGUUUGUUGGCGCAGAUCUUUUUGCUCUAACUCUACUGCAUACUUACCCAUCCAGGCAAGAUACUGUUUUGCAACAAUUUACCGAUGAAAUCAAAACAUACGCUGAAAGUUAUCUUCGCCUCUUUACACGCUUGGGCAUUAAGCUCCUAGCACUACAACGUGAGAAGUCAAUGGACGUCUUUUGGUUAGACGUGCUUAUCAAACAACCAAUAUCUACCAACUCAACUAACCCACCACAUACCAAUCCAUCACACACCAACUCAACUAACCCACUACAUACUAACUCACCACACACCAACUCAACUAACCCACUACAUGCCAACUCAACUAACUCAAUACCAAUCCAAUCUGAUAUGUUGCUAGAACCUGAGGCCAGAGAGUUUAUGUGGUCAAACUUUCUCAUUGUUCUGCAUGAGUUCGCGCCUAAGGAUACUAUAUCCAUUGAUAUGGAUCUACUAAAUGGCCCGGUUGUCCCCCAUCUUCAAAUACAACUCAGUUUCCACAAGAAAAUAGUGCUUGUGGUCAGUGCUCUGCAAAUUAGAGAAACCGACGUCGCCCGGUUUAUCCAUCUUUACUGCAAUCCUUCUCAUGUGAUAGUUUUGGUCCUUUUUGAUAACCCAAUAAGACAGGCACUGGCUAGAUAUAAAACGCAGGUUUUCCUGGGUGCUUUGGACCGGGGUUCACAGAAUCAUAGUGCUUGGGCAAACCUGGUUGGUUGCCGUGCUAUUGUAUCCGGACUGAUAACAGCAGUCCUGUCCUUCUUUGUUGGAGACUUCGUUGUUCUAUAUACCUAUCCUCCUAUACUGAUUCUAUUUGCCUUCAUACUAAUCACUACGCUGCAUUAUAAUGAUAUUAAAUCGCAUAAGUACAUGCGUGGGUUUUCAGGGGCCAUUGCUUUGUGGAUCCUGGUUUCCUUGUCCUUAACCAAGCUCAUGAUUCUUCAACAUAAGAAGGUAAUCUCCUGGCCUGAGACGAUCUUUUUGUGCAUUUCAUUCAUGACUAUGCUAGCCAUUAUAGGUGUCUACUCCAGCAGUACCAUUUAUCAUCUUAAAAACCGUGGUAGACUUCGGCGACUCCAAAAUUACGUGUACUUUGCCGCUAUCUUAACGGCAUUCUUGCUUAUUGUUUCUAGACUUACCAAUAACUCCGUUAUAAUUGACUUUGCAUUAGAUUCUGGCUUGCCUCUCUUUGCCUGUCUAUUUCUCUUAAUAGGUCUUAUGUUCAGUAUGCACCACCCCAAUCCGCGCUACGAAGUAUCUAAAGCAUUAAUCAUCAGCCUCGUUAUACUGUUUAUUGUGCUCAUGACUCUAUUAUUGCAGUAUAUCCAAAAUCUGCCCAAGGUUAACCCAAUGCCAUUAAACAUGGGUUAG